AUGCAGGUUUCGGUCCCUAACUUUACUAUUUUGCCGGACCAAUACAAGGAUGAUCAUUAUUUUGGUACGAUAUGGUCUUCUCUGCAAGCUGGUCUCCGGUCCGAGUUUCUGCUACACGAGGGUUACAUUUUUCGAGGUUCGCAGCUGUGUCUUCCGGACAGUAGUCUUCGCCUCAAGGUUAUUAAGGAGUUACAUGAGGAAGGUCACGUCGGCCGCGACCGUACACUUCAAUUGGUGAUGGAGUCUUACUUUUGGCCCUCCUUACGUCGCGAUGUCUAUAGGUUUGUCGCGCGUUGUGUUGUUUGCCAAAGGUCUAAGGGUCACGCUUCUAACAGUGGAUUGUAUCUUUCGCUCCCAAUACCAACGCAACCUUGGACUGAUGAUUCGGUGUUGUGUCAAGUCGAGUUUGCUCAUAACCAUGCAGUCAACAAAAGUACUCGUUUCAGUCCCUUCAGAGUUGUUUACGGCAUAGUUCCUCGCGGCUCCAAUGAUCUUGGUCUAGCUCCGGAUCUUUCUCGCGACCAUGGCCAGGCAAUUGACUUUGUGGCUGAUAUUUCUUCGAUUCAUGCUAAAGUCCAUGAUAACUUGCAGCUUUCUUCUGCGAAGUAUAAAGCUAGUGCUGAUCGACAUCGAAGGGAUUUACAGUUCCGAGUUGGUGAUCUUGUUUGGGCGGUCUUGACGCGUGAACGUUUUUCUCCAGGUGAUUAUAACAAGCUUAAGUCUCGCAAAGUUGGUCAUUUAGAAUUUUUGAGAAGAUCAACGCAAAUGCCUAUCGUCUGCAGUUACCACCGGAAGCUCAAUAUUCUGAUGUCUUCAACGUGA